AUGCCCAAAGCGGCAUCAUUUUCGCGAAACGCAGUUUCGCACGCCUCUAACCGCGCAAGACGGACUUCCGGCCGCAGUCCACCUUUCCUCCCCGUUGCACAGCCUCUGGCUGCCGUUCCCGGUGCCUCCCAGUAUACCACCGACGUACAAUCACCACGGUCACCGACCGAGCCCAAGAAGAUUUCAGAGAAGGGCUCCGAUGAGGAAGAUCCCAAAGUGAUCCAUAAGAGAUGCUACGAGGUCAUUGGGAGAGCGGACCAUAUCUUGACUGAAGCGCGACAGCGAUCUUCAAAUACCAUACGACAACUCAACGCGGACAAGGCGCAGCUCUCUGCUGAGAAGCAACAAGCCAUUGACGAGAUCAGCCAACUCAAGUCGGAGAUUCAACAAGUGAAGCAGGAACUCGAACUUGCCACCACAAACUUCCAACACCAGAGGGUGCAGGUCGAUGAGCAGCGGUUUGUGCUAGAGGUUCACGCCAUGGCUCUGGCGUUGACGAAUAAGCUUUGGAGCAGGACGGAGGCACACAGAAAUGCGUCUAUUGGCCCCCAACUGCAAUUCCCCGAUAUGGCUCAGGCUUCCUGGUCAGACAAUGCAGGGCAGUACACCGCGUUGAACAGUCACCCCCUCCCGGCAAAUCAUCUAUCGGGGACCCAAGACGGGCUGGCACAAUUCAAUACAUACUCAUCGAUAUCCUGA